AUGGAGUACCUAGUCGGGAUUAAGUUCGAUGAUUUUGUCAUCUUGGCUUCCGAUUCGAGAAUCGGUCAUUCUGUCAUUACCUUAAAACAGGAUGUCGAUAAAAUGUUUAAACUAAGCAAUCGUGUUCUGAUGUCUGUGUGUGGCGAACCGGGCGACACUGUUCAGUUUGCUGAAUACAUCCAACAGAAUAUGCAACUGUACGAGAUGCGGAAUGGUACUUCUCGUUCUUUUGUAAUAUUUUUACGCCCAGGGUAUGAGUUGUCCCCUAGUUCGGCCGCUCAUUUUACGAGGCGAAACUUGGCUGAAGCACUUCGCAGCAGGGUAUGUAUGCCCGUUGAUCAUGAUAUCCUGUAGCACCCCUACAUGGUCAAUCUUUUAAUUGCCGGAUACAAUCCGGAGACAGGCCCGGAACUGUAUUACAUGGAUUACUUGGCGUCAAUGGUUAAAGUAUGUCGGCAAAUUCCCUUUCUUAUUAAUAUUUCAUGCGUGCACUGUUUUUGAUGUGCUGCCCGUUUUGUAGACGGCGCCCUAAGUUCGCGCGGCGACUGUUCGUUAUGCAUUACUCAUUCAUCCCACUUUGUUCUUUUUUGGUUUUCCUCAGAGGCGUUGUCCCUAACACUUGAUUAAGAAAUCUUACAGCGUGCGUAAAUUUGCACGCGCCGCAUAUUUUGUGACGUCAUACGUGCGGUCGCCCCAUCAGGUAGUUUCUAUUCUUCUUUUCUGAUCAUGCUGUGUCUCACAAGCACUUGGAAAACGUGGAACCUCUAAAGUUUUUUUUAAUAUGAUAUGGAGUAGGCCACCAGAAAUACAGGGUAGGAAAGCGACAUAGUUCAGACAAUCAAAAACUCAUUUUCGAUACAACAAGUUUGUACGAUUUGGGUUAUACUGCCACUAAGGGUUGUCGAGGAUGGAUCCCUUGACUGGCGGGGUUAAGGCCAGUAAACAAUACUUCAUCAGUGUGAGCAAGAACUGGACCGCACGGAACCUAAUUAAUGAAGCUUUGGAAAGUUUGUGACAAUCCCCAUACCAAAUAAUUCAAGGGAACUAAAUCAACCCUUAACUGGCGGCAAAGACGGAUUUUGCAUAUCACUGGUCUUGAUCGGUAAUUGGCAUUAGACACAAACCAGCUCGAUUUUAAAUCUGACCUAUUUGCCGUGCAGCGACAAAGUAAAGUCUUGCUUGCCCAUGAAUGAUGAUAAAUUAUCGUUGAGUUCAGUGCCUGGCAGUUCCCGCACAGUCUUAUGUCGCCGCCUGCGAAAAAACGUAAGGGUAGUGCCUAAAAGCCGUCGGACGGCGCCAACCCAAGCACGUAAGCGGCUUUUGUAAUUCCAAUGUUAAGGCAAUUCGAAACUAGGCGACGAAGCAGGCGGGCUAAUGGCGGGCUCUCGGUGGUGAUGGGUGACUGCGUAUUUAAUGCCGACGUCCCGAAAUGGUGGAUUGGUCAGGUGAAGGAAUCUAUCUGAGAAGGAAGCGCCAAGAUCAGUCACAACUUGGCGUGAAAAUGAUUGGACUGAACCAUGGCUCCAGUUUUGCUUGUUAGCAAACGUAAAGGUUCAUCGGGUAAAUGACGAGUCAUUAAUUCUUUAAACCUCUAGGAGUUCGAAAUACUAAGAAGUCAUCUCUCAGUAUGGGGAAGAAAAAUUGAACGACAAUGAAAAGCCCCUGAAAUGUCCGGUGGAGGUCCGGAUCUCAUUUUUCCCAUCCUUGAGAAAGCUGGCUGGCUAUGUGAUUCGUGGCUUUGAUUUCAAAGAUCCCGAGUCAAAUUAUUUUGUUGGCGAACUCAGCUAGCUUUUCAAGGGUACCUUGCUAAUUCGCUUAGACUAUUUAAACCUCUUGGAAAUAUUAAAGGAACAACUACCAAAGAAUAGAGUUAUUGAACACAUUUUCACCAACUUGUUGUAUUUGCCCUAGCCGCUGCGACAGCAUCUCAUCAUCGACAUAUUCACUCGUAAGGAGUUGGAGAUGGUGGCACAUCAUUUUGUUGGGUCAAUCAACUCGUUGGAGUAUCUCUGGGGAAGGUUACGGAUGGAGUCAUAAAGGCCCCCGGCAUACUCUUCGGAUAGGCAGUGCCGUAGAGAAUUGAACUUCGUCUUUCGUCGAGUGAUUUUGUGGGUUUCGGAUUCCACCUCUCAACGAGUGAUCUAGGGUGGCACACUUCGUUUCCAGGGGUGAGGGCUUGACUUAUUCAGGUGCUGCAAAGGGCGCUGCAUGAUCUCUUGCAUUACAUCCUCAUGUCUGGCUCAUCAAUCUAUUGCGACCCAGGUGACGGAUAUGCCUCGACCGCUAUUCUAGUCGAAUCCCCCUUUAAAGGACAAGGAAAGAAUCAGUUAGAGUGUUGUUUUCCGUACAGAACCCAAAAGUGUUGACUCAGUAACGGGCGGCCCUCUCAAGGUUCAGACGUGCGCCUGUUAUCCUAGGUAAAGUUGAACCAAGCGUGCGACUCGUUUAGGGACCCGCGAUUGGCCGGCUGAAUUAACUCAUUGCGUUCAUGCUCCAUCUACCCGAGGCGGCAAUCAGGGGUCCCGUAAUGGCGUGGUACACCAUAGUGGCGGGAUACCAAAUUUCCCUGACCGCACUCCUGAAAGACUGGCACACUAGCUGAUGCCUACUUUGCAGAUUGAUCUAUGAUUGUCGCUCCUGGCACCUUCGGAAGUUACUGUUUUGUCUGCAAUGGGUUUAAAGCUCCCAGAUGAUGGUAGUACGUUUACGGGACUCUCAUAAAUACCCAGGCGUGCUUGAUGAACUCCAUACCCGUCCCUCAAGCAUGCCUCUGAAUCUAACGACAACUCUGACGUUAGUCAGAUCCACUGCAGUCCAGUCAUCUCUGCCCUCCGUAGCUGGUAGCAUAAUAGUCAAUCAGUGCAUCAUACCGUUUCUCCUGUUCUCCUUUUGCCGAAACCCCGGUUAUAUUUCAUAAAGUAGUUGCAACUAUGUUUUGCACUACCAAAAAGCCAACUGCGAAACUGCUCGAUCAUUUUUUUGCCGGUUUUGGCCACGGAAUAUACGGAAAUUGAUGGCGUUGUAUUUUUGCAACAACGGCGACUUGUAAAGUUAUGCGGGAAUUGCCCAGAAAGAUUUCCACUGAGAUCACCUUCAGAGCAAGUACCGUUUUCUUCAAGUUGUUGUUGUCCUCGAUAGAUGUGACGACUCGGAUUGCUAGUUUGCGUCCUAUGUCCUACAAGGCAUAAGUGACAAGUCUUCAAUUCCAGAUACUUACUGACGACAGCGUCCGAAAUUCCUUCAAUAUUCCAAGCUGUGCAAAGCACUCAAGGUGAUUCUUAGCAAGUAGUGUCAUUUUCCCUUCACUAUUAUCCGCACGUGUAGAAGCAUUUAAGAAUAUUUUCGUGACCCCCUGCGCUAAUCACGGGUCUCGUAAUCCUGGGCUAAAUACGUGGUAGUACAUUUGUUGAAAUAGGCGUCACUGACGAAAGAUUGUGCCAACUAACCCUACAGCGUAUAAUCCGCUAACAACAAUUACCCUUAUGGCCCAGAACACAACUGACAAUCCCACAACGACACAUCCCACACUCCAACAAUGACCGAAAGAUUUAUUGCAUUUGCUUCUACCGUCUUCAAGGGUUUAUGUAUGGUCAGCUAAUCUUCCUAUAGAGUAUUGGUAGAGUAUUGGCAGUACCCAUACGAAGGCUCAGUAAAACUAUUAUUAAAAUGUCGCUAGUCAUUUUAGUGACUCCCAUCGUAGUGGAUAGCUGUCCAUUUGUGCACAUUUUCUAACUGGUAAUUAGGCGACUUGAUAUGUUUCUCAGUAGUCGUUUAUUCUGUGUCUAGGACCAUGUGAUUUACGGAAUUUUUUGCUAAAGAAGAUGCACAAGGCCUUUUAAAAUACCAUAUUUCAUGGAUACAUACGCCUCCACAACAAAACUACAAAAAACCCUUUUGUUAAUGUUUCCGUCGGUAAAACGAUAAAGUACAGAAACUUUGAAAAUACAUUCACAGGAUAAGUAGUGAUUUUUUCUGAGCGAGACUAUCUAAGGUGAGUGGAAAGGUGCUCAGUCGCCGUGCAGCUCCUUUUGAAUUCGCUAGAAGUUAUUUUCCAUGCCCAACGGUACUGUUUUUAGUUAACUUUUUAGGUUUCUGCGUGCACAGUAAUUCCUGUUGCAUAGUUAAUAAUAAUCUGAGAAAGUCUGAAGUGAUCACCAAGGUGACGACUAAAACAAUGAAGGUGCGCAUCGUUUAUCCAGCUUCUUUGGCACCAGGAUACUAUUCGACUGUCAGCCGUACGGUCUUCUUCACUUGCAUUUCGUCAGUUCCGAUACACGGACCCGAAAGUUGACCACCCCACGGUCCUUCUCAAGUAACCCUGUAGACAUAAACUAUCCGAGUACCUGUAUUGUCUUUACUGUCCGAACUAUUUGCUGCACACACCCGGAGACCGCUUGCGGCAUCGGACAGCAGUUUUGGACAUGAAAAAAGGAGUCUUGGUCUCUGGAACAAGACCUUUGUUAGGUCAGCGUUUGGGAUUCACUCCCGAAACACACCGCUGGAAAAAACAACAAAUGGAUAUAUCAAACGUGUAGGGAUACGGAAUUUAAAGCGCUUGGUUACCACGCAGUUGCAAAUAUAUUAAAAUUAGAUGUCACCGCAGUCCCUCGUAAUUGGCUGGAUAGUCACUUAGACGCCGAGACACGGUCGAUGUGUUCACUUAUGCUAUGAUAAUCCUACUUGAUUCCAUUCUGUUUCCUAGUCUAACAUUCUGGCCAACUGGACGCUGGGUCACAAGUCACUCAUUAUUAUGCAUGCAGGGGUGACAUGAGUUUAGUCGAAGGAAGCCGAAACAGAUGAUCUUUCUAUAGUCCUUAUCAUUCGUCGUUAUGUUGUUUUUCCACCUACAGCUCACGAUUACCAGGUCACAGUUCCCUCGUUUGCGGCACUUUACAAGGCAGUCUGUAUGCCACAUUUCACACCUCCGGUGCCGUGACACAGCUGCCGUAUGUCGGCGACUGCUUAUCCACCAAACGCGAACAUCUACUUAUUCCGAAGCUACCUUUUGUCUAAAACCAUUUCACUCUCUGCAACCCGUGGGCGUGCCGGCCGGUCGACUGACGGGCAGGCUCAAUUUAAUUAGGGAAAUGGAGCAGUAUACAUUUAUCGGAACAGAUGCCGGAGCCCACUUUCUGGCCUUGAUUGUUGCUAGCUAAGGUUACUCGCAACACAUUCACAAUCAAACAGUUGGCAACUCAGCAAACCAGUCUGGUUUAAUUCGUUGUCUUUGGUGUUGUCAUCUCCUUCCCCACGCAAUUCUGUCUUCUGUUUACUUGCUUCCUUCUCGCCUAGGUACCGUAUGCAGUCCAUGGCCACGGUGGAUUGGUUACUCUAGGCAUUCUGGACAGCAAAUACGAUGCCAAAAUGACGGAGGCAAACGCCGUACACCUUCUCAAGGCCUGCAUUGAUGAACUGCAGAAGCGUUUCGUUAUCACACAGGACCGUUUUGUCGUCCGCGUUGUAGACAAAGACGGGGUUAGGCAACUUCCAGAUAUUGUAUAA